AUGUCCAGCUUUAAGGAUCUUGUUGAAGAGCAACAAGAGGCCCUCGACUUAUUGUCCAGAGCGUUCAUCAAUCUUAAGAAGAAGGGUCCGGCUACGCUGGGUGCAAUCGAAGUCCGACGAAAGAAUUUAGCGACAAAGUGGAAUGACAUCGUCGAGAGGCAUAAUGAAAUAGUGGGUCUAGCUAGUGGAGCUGAUUUGAAGGAUCCGUAUUUCAAGGAAAACUUCUUCGAAAACGCCGAAGAGGUAUUUAUGGACGAAGAGGCGAAGUUUGUCGACGAGGAGUUGGCGAUAAAAAGAGCGGACAGGGAGACGACGUCGGGCCACGAGCAGAACGGGUCGGAGCGUUGUGCCGUGGGACCGACUCGCAAUCGCAAGCUACCAACGUUGCAGCUGCCGACUUUUUCCGGUAAAUAUGCGGAUUGGAAACCGUAUAAGGAUUUGUUUCAGGCAAUUAUGAACGAUGCCACCGAUAUAACCGACGUCGAGCGAUUUUAUUAUUUGAAGUCAAGCCUGACUGAAGAUGCCGCCAAAACUAUCAAGAAUCUGGCCGUUACAGAAGAAAAUUACAAACGAGCUUGGGAUCGCCUAGUGUCACAUUAUGACAACAAGAGAGCGCUCGUUCAUUCAGCAUUGAGCGAGCUAUUUACAAUAUCGCCAUUGAACAAGGAAUCCUCAAAGGCGCUGCGGGCGCUGCGAGACCGGACGAAUGAAGUCGUUGAGACUUUGGAAGCGCUCGGACGGCCGAUACGAUGUGAUGACGUAUUAGUUUUCAUGACGGUACAGCGACUCGACCCCAACACCAGCCGGGAUUGGCAGACUAGUCGAGCAAGUACUACCGAGCCGCCGAGCUAUGAAGAUUUGGAUAGCUUUCUCAAGACCCGAGUAGAAGCGUUGGAGUUCGUCGAGAUGCCAAAGGCUACGGCGGAUCAAGGAUUACCAGGAAAAAGUAGCGGAACUUCAGCCAACUCAAGAUCGGGCACAAAUCAGGCACGUGUAUCGGCGCAUACAGCCUCAUCGCAACCCUCAAGAACGGAUAACCAGUGCACGUAUUGCAAGCACGAGCACUACAUCGCAGCGUGCGACAGCUUUCGCGCGUUGGAGCUUGGACAGCGUAAGGCUUUCGUGCAGCGAAAUAAACUGUGCUUCAACUGUUUGGGUCAUCACCUCAUGCGUGACUGCCGCUCUAAUAAAAGCUGCAAAAGAUGCCAGGAACGUCAUCACUCAUUGCUGCAUAUGGGCAACUCUCAGGCGACGGCGGACGCGUCUGGACCGCUGGACGCAACUCAGGACAUAUCUGUCAAUGCGCAUAUCGCACGUCGUGGGCCUCGUCGCUCGAUGCUACUGGCCACGGCGCGAAUCAUCGUUUCGGCCUCUCAACGUACAAUGGAAGUACGUGCCCUCAUCGACCCGUGCUCUGAAGCAACAUUUAUUUCGGAGGCACUCGCGCAGCAACUGCGCAUAUCACGGCAAAAGGCACUGGUCCCGGUAACCGGAGUUGGCGGUGCGCGAUGUGCGACUGCCAAGUAUCAAGCAUUGAUUUCAAUUCGACCGCACUUCGAUAAUGGAAAGGAGUGGACGGUUCAAGCGUUGAUUUUAACGCAUUUAUCGGACUACGUCACACCACAAUACGAGCUUUUUCAUCAACUAGACUUUGCCGCUGGACUGAAACUCGCAGAUUACAACAUCAAAGCAGCGGACAAAGUAGAUGUCAUCAUCGGUGCUGAUCUGUUCCCUGCGCUGAUCAAAGGAGGACUCCGUAAAAGAGCAGAUUCGACUCUCAUCGCACAGGCGACGGAGCUGGGUUGGAUUUUAACCGGAGCUACCGACGCUCGACCUACUGCGGCGCAGAAGUCACCCACGAUCGCCAGUCACACGAUCGGAGUGGAUACGGAGCUGCACGAGCUCAUGGAAAGAUUUUGGCAGCAGGAGGAUGUUGCACCUGUAAGUACUGCUUUUACGAAAGAGGAACAAGAAUGUGAAGAGCAUUUCGUCGCGACACAUCGACGAGACGAGCAUGGUCGAUAUAUCGUUCGACUGCCGUUCAAGGGAGAUGCAGCCAAGCUCGGGGACUCGAGAUUGGUCGCGCAACGAACGCUGCAGCGAAUGGAGCGACGCUUUGCUCAGCAACCGCAAUUGGGUCAGAUGUACGAAGAUUUCAUGUCCGAAUAUACAUCGCUCAAUCAUAUGAGCGAACUGCGUGUAGCCAAUGAAGCAGCUUGUGAGCAAUUUUAUCUACCACAUCAUGGAGUUUUGAAGCAGAGCGGAGACAAGUCCAAACUGCGAGUCGUUUUCAAUGGGUCAGUCAAGGUGGAUAAUGGCGCGACUUUGAACGAUUGUCUGCACGUCGGACCUAAGUUGCAGACUGAGAUUUUCGACAUCAUGCUGCGUUGGCGUAAGCUCCGAUACGUCUUCUCGGCAGAUAUAGAGAAAAUGUACCGCCAAAUACUAGUCGAUGAGCGUGAUCGUCGAUUUCAACAAAUCUAUUGGAGGCAAGCGCCGACGGAGGAAAUGAAGACGUACCAACUUAAUACAAUUACCUACGGGCUUGCAAGCUCGCCAUAUCAGGCAAUCCGGGUCCUGCAGCAAUUGGCGAGUGACGAAUCGGCGAGAUACCCUGCGGCCUCAAGAGUUCUCAAAAAUAGUGCGUAUAUGGAUGAUAUACUUACAGGAGCCGACUCGCUGGAGGAUGCUCGCGAAUUGCAGCGCGAGCUUGCGGAUCUUCUUAUGGCGGGCGGAUUUCCCUUGAGCAAGUGGUGCGCCAACCACCCCAGCUUAUUGGAGUCAUUUCCUCCCGAGAAAUUAGCGGGCGCUCGAGAAUACAAUUGGAAUGCAGGUGAGGCGGUAAGCAUGCUGGGAAUAUCGUGGCAACCGCACGAGGAUUGUUUUCGUUUCACCAUUGCUGAUCCGCCAACGGAGAACAUAACGAAGAGAAAAGCGCUAUCAUUUAUUGGACAGCUGUACGACCCGCUCGGGUGGAUAUCGCCACUGACUAUCCAGUACAAGAUUUUUUUACAGCGCCUUUGGACUUUAGGUUUGUCCUGGGACGAUCCACUUCCGGCGCACUUGCAAGCAUUGUGGCAAUCACUUGUCAAGGACCUACAGAACCUCACUCAAGUCUGUAUACCUCGAUGGAUAGGACUAUCACCGACUCCAGGCACUGUCUUGGAACUUCACGGAUUCGCUGACGCGUCAGAACGGGCCUAUGGUGCUGUAAUUUAUGUACGAACAGCGAUCGACGACGUUAGUUCUCGCUGCACCAUCCUUACAUCGAAAACAAAAGUCGCACCUUUGAAACAAGUUUCGCUGCCACGACUGGAGCUCUGCGCGGCCCAUAUGCUCGUGCAACUGAUGAGGCGAGUCGUCGAUACGAUGUCGAUGGUCGACGUUCCGGUGCACUUGUGGUCUGAUUCGACCAUUGCACUGGCCUGGAUACGUGGACAUCCAACGCAGUGGAAGACAUACGUGGCCAAUCGAGUGUCGGACAUCCAGACGACGCUGCCUCAAGCCUCUUGGCACCACAUCGCGGGUACGCAGAACCCCGCUGAUAUCGCCUCGCGCGGAGCACCGGUGGAAGCUUUGUGUUCACCCUCACUUUGGAUGGACGGACCGGACAUAAUAACGAGCUCGGGCGACCCAUGGCCUCGAGACAUGAACGAAGAAUUGCCGAACACAGAGCUUGAAUGCAGACCGAUUGCGGUGCAUAUCGCCAGCCGCGGGCCGGAGGAGAGUGAAAUGCUGAAGAGAUACUCCAGUCUCAAUCGUCUGCUGCGCGUUACAGCGAGAUGUAUGGAAUUUGUGGCGCGCUUGCGAGAGAGAAGAAAAAGAAAAUCGCGAAGGCUCAGGUCAGGUGAGACGCUGGAGCUGACCCCAGCUCAGAUAGACAGCGCGCUCAAGCUCUGGACUCGGCAGGUGCAGGAACUUCAUUUUUCUAAGGAAAUCGAGUCGUUACGGAGGUCUGUGCCCUUGUCGAGAAAAAGUGCACUGUUACGGCUGCACCCGAUUCUCGAUGAAGAGGGCCUACUGCGGCUGGGAGGUCGACUGCAGAAUUCGUUGCUGCAUUAUGAUGAGAAGCAUCCGUACAUACUCCCCAGUACAUCGUUCCUUUCACUGUUGUUGGCUCGCGACGCGCACGACAGAACACUACAUGGAGGAACGCAGCUCACAUUGAGUUAUUUGCGACGUCGCUUCUGGAUUACUCAAGGUCGCGCGCUCGUUAAACGAGUAAUAGGUCGCUGUAUACGAUGUUGGCGAUAUAGAGCGACUCCAACGAGUCAGCUCAUGGGUGAUCUCCCUGCCCUCCGAGUGCAACAGAGCCGACCGUUUCUUCACACCGGAGUCGACUAUGCUGGCCCGAUUAACAUUAAGUGUUCCAGAGGUAGAGGAAAGGCUACUUUCAAGGGCUAUAUCGCCGUCUUUGUAUGUUUGGCUACGCGUGCAGUUCACCUGGAAGUGGCAUCUGGUUACUCGGCGCGUGAUUUUUUGAUGGUGUACCGGCGCUUCGUGGCUCGUCGAGGUAUUUGUGCCACUCUCUCAAGUGACUGCGGAACGAAUUUCAUUGGCGCCGACCGAGAGCUUCGUGAGUUAUUUGCCCAGGCACAGAAGCAGCCGAAAAAACUGGCACGCAUGCUGAGUAACGAGGGCACGGAGUGGCGUUUUAAUCCACCAGCAGCACCACACUUUGGAGGGAUCUGGGAGGCAGCGGUCAAAAGCACGAAAUUCCAUCUCAAGAGGAUAAUAGGCGAUACGCGUCUAACAUUUGAAGAAUUUUCCACUCUUCUUGCUCAAAUAGAGGCGUGUCUCAAUUCGCGGCCAUUGCAAGCGAUCAAUGACGAUCCAACGGAUCUCACGGCGCUGACACCCGCGCACUUUCUCAUUGGCACCGCAACAUGUACCAUACCUGAACCGUCGACGCUCGAUUUGUCCAUCUCCGGACUUUCUCGGCUACAGAUGCUGAAAAAUAUGUAUGAGCAUUUUUGGACGAGAUGGUCCUCGGAAUAUCUGCAGGCGCUACAACAUCGACCAAAGUGGCAGAAGAGCAACACCCAGAUUCGUGUCGGACAGUUAUGCGUGAUCCGAUCGGAACUGACGCCGCCGUGCAAAUGGGCCCUCGCACGCAUAACUCAAGUUCACCCUGGAAAGGAUGGCCUGGUACGAGUGGUAUCAGUGAAAACUGCCACGUCUGUAUUCAAAAGACCUGUCACCAAACUUAGCAUUCUACCACCAGCAGAAGAUGAUUCGCCUAAUAUCGGCGAAGGUGGGCGGAAUGUUCCGGAUUGUGAAUGA